AUGAGUGCAUCAUCAACUGACAACGUGAUUGUGGCAAAGGAGGCGCUAGCGUUGGCCCUGGGCGAUAACUGGGAAACCUAUAGAUUAAAUAUGACGCACUGGUUCCGCAAUCGCUGGACCAAAGAAGAGUUUGACGCUGCAUCUCGAGAAAUAUUGACCGCCGAUAAAAUACAUUUGCACAAUCAGCUGCUGUUGGCGCUGAUAAACCGCAUCGAAGCAGUUACUGUGCUUAGGCCGAUCAGCAGCAUGCGGAAACGCAAGAGCAGCUCAAGUAAUGUUAGUGAUUUAUUCAACACUGGACACUGCUUUAUGGGCGUGAAUCAAACAGCACAGCUGCCAGUUGAAACAAACUGUGCGCAGCAUAAAUUUCUGCCCGAUGCGGGUUUUAUAAUGGGACGUUUACUGCUAGGCGCCUGGGAAAUUGGACUCACAUCGGUGGACGACAAUGUGGCCGAGUAUGUUGCUAUGGCUGUGCGGCAAAUGCUCAAGAACUUAAUCGCGGGCAUUAUCAAGUCACGCAAACAUUAUAAAACAAGCGGCGAUGGCAACUUUUACUAUGACGUGGGUGCACAACUGCGUGAUCCUUCGCUACGAAAUACGGUCACGCGGCAAAAGUUGGACGAUGCUCCACUGGAGCUGGACAAGGAGCAGCAGCGACAUCAGCUGGAUAAUGAUAUUCUCGCGCUUUCCGCCUGCGAGCAAGUGCUGCCCAACGAGCGUAUUGUAAUUACGCUCAGGGACUGCCAAGACGCUCUAAGAGAUCGUAAUCUCAUAGGCUCUCAUGCAAUCUACUCCAUAAACAUGGAACGCCUUAACAUGAUGAUGCAUUAG